CAAUUUCCUCGCGUGUAAAACUCGAUACAUAUGACGUGGCAUCGACAACAUGGAUUAUUCUUCUGGAGAAACAAUUACAGCUCCGACUCAUCCGAGAAUACUAUUCUGAGAAACGAUUCACUGAAACAAUUGGAUACAUUGAUUUGAAUAGCAAUGGCUUUGGAUGUUGGUCGAGUGGCAGCUGACACGGAGAUAGACACUGAGCUCAAUGUUGUCCCUACAGAUUCCCCUGAACCAGUUGAGAGAUGUUAUCGGAGGAAGCUUGGAGCGACAUCGACGAUGCAGAAGCAGAGCAUUCAACCAUUCUCUGAUGCAAAAAACCUCUGCUCUCAUACUUUAUCCAUGUCUGACAGAAAGGAAAAGAAAAAUCCUUUGAAUCCGAAACAUUCGAAGUUAGGGAUGCCUGAUUUGCCCAAUGCAACAUUGGGGAAUCAAGUUCAAUCAUCAGAGAAACAUGUUAAUAGAAAGUGCUUACAACAAGAAUGCUUAAAGUUCAAGGAGAAACAUAAAGAUAUUGGGACAUGGAAGGAAAAAGGAGAGCGCCCCCCUUGGAAGCUUGUUGGCAUUGCUUCAAAUCGCCAUGUAGAUAACCACAAGAGAGGAGUGUUUCCUUCUAAGAACUCACCAACUGUGGGGCCAUCAUCAAAUCAGUCAACAUUGCUGAAGGAAAAGAGAGCUUCAUCAUGGAAGAAGGCAGCUAGUUCUGGGGUGCCUAAGAAUGGUGCAGCUUCAAAAAAACAGUUUAUGCCGCCUCCCAAGGAUAAUAAUGUGUUAGCAUCGAAGAAGCCUGCGGUUGGAGCAGCAACAUCUGAUUCCCCCAACCUAUCAAUGGAGAAGCCCAAGAAAACUUCCAAACCUCGCGAAUACCAUUAUAUCUCUUGUCCCAUUUACGAUUCCCUAUUAGCCAACAAAUCAGUGGACCCACAAAAUCCAUUUGGCUGUUUUUAUUAUGGUUGUUGUCUAUGUGCUCACAUAGACUACAGUGGCAGUAGCGAGAGCAACGACAGUGACAGCGAGAGGGAUAGGGAGAGGGAGAGGAACUGGGAGAGGGUGAAGGAGUGGGAGAGGGAGAGGGAGGGCGAGAGCACCAGCAAGACCGAGUCAUCAGGAGGAGCAAGCUACGAGUACUUGAAGGAGCAUGGGCCAGGGGGACUCCCCGAUUGGUACAAGUACUGUAGAUUCUGGUAGUUUUUUAUGAUUUAAUUAUUAUUAUUAUUGGUAAAACUUGCAAGUUUAGGAGUUGUAAAAUCUAUCAUUGCCACUUAUCCUUGUAGCCUAACACGAUUUAUAUAAAUGAUGUGUGUAAUUUUAUGUAGGCCAUUCUUUUCUUUCUUUUUAAGUUGUUAUCCC